UCCCUCCCUUUUUGUAAUUUGCUUUUUUGUAUUGCUUGCCCCCUUCCUUCCAGAAAAAUAUUUUGUAUAAACUUACGCUUGGUUCAACUGCAUUCUUUUAUUCCAGUGGAUGAUUCCGUUAGCCGCAGGCAGUAUCCUCCUUUGGUAUGCUCCUGCCGGUUCUGGAUGCCUUAAUCGCUACAAGUUCCACCAUUUCAACGCGAGACUUGUCGCCUUUCUUGGCACCGUAACUCAGUCGCAGCGUCAAAGCUGCAAGGCAAUGACUACCCUACCGACAUCUGCACACAACAAGGAUGCAGCUCAGAAAGAACUAAUCUCUGCUCCCUAUGGCUCCUGGAAGUCUCCUCUCACCGCUGAUGUUGUCUCCGGUGCCUCCAAGAGACUCGGUGGCACUGCCGUUGAUGGUCAUGGUCGCCUCAUCUGGUUGGAAUCCCGCCCCACCGAGUCUGGGAGGACGGUCCUUGUUAGAGAGCCGGAAAAACCAGGAGAUGAGCCCAUCGAUAUCACGCCGAAAGAGUUCGGAGUGCGAACAGUCGCUCAAGAGUAUGGAGGUGGUGCCUUCAGUGUUUCGGGAGACGUUGUUAUCUUCGCAAAUUACAAGGAUCAGAGACUGUACAAGCAAUCUAUAAGUUCUCCAGAUGUUACUCCCGUCCCUCUCACUCCCGAUUACGGGGGACCAGUAGUUAGCUAUGCUGAUGGAUUAUUGGAUGCACGCUUUAACCGUUAUGUCUGUGUACAGGAAGAUCGUCGGGUUAGCAAUAUAAAUUCAACCACAACAAUUGUAUCAAUAGCUCUUGGCAAUAAGGAUGUUCAAGAACCUGAAGUAUUAGUUAGCGGAAGUGACUUCUAUGCUUUCCCACGCUUUGAUCCAAAAAAUGAACGGAUAGCAUGGAUUCAGUGGAAUCACCCUAACAUGCCCUGGGAUAAAUCAGAACUUUGGGUCGGUUAUAUUUCUGAAAAUGGAGAGAUCUCUAAGCGCAGCUGCAUUGCCGGCAUUGAUCCUUCGCUUGUGGAGUCUGUAACUGAACCCAAGUGGUCCCCUAAUGGGGAACUAUUUUUCAUUACUGAUAGGGGAAAUGGCUUUUGGAAUCUCCAUAAAUGGAUUGAGUCUGAGAAUAAGGUGGUGCCUGUUUGUUCUUUGGAUGCUGAGUUUUCAAGGCCAUUGUGGGUUUUUGGUAUAAAUUCUUAUGAAUUUAUUCAAAGUGGUAGACAGAGAAAUUUAAUUGCUUGCAGUUACAGGCAACUGGGGAGGUCGUAUAUCGGAAUUAUUGAUGAUGUGGAAAGCUCAAAUAUUAUCGUGCUUGAUAUCCCUUUUACAGAUAUUGAUAACAUUACUUCUGGAAAAGAUGGCCUAUAUGUAGAGGGAGCAUCUGCUGUUCAGCCGUCAUCAGGGCCAAGGUGCUGCCCCCUUGUGGCUUUAGAUGACCAGAAAGUAAAAGCUGUUGACUUCAGUAUUGUUUGGUCCUCCUCGCCAGAUAGUUUAAAUUAUUGUUCAUACUUUAGUAAGCCAGAGUUGAUUGAAUUCCCCACUGAAGUUCCUGGUCAAAAUGCUUAUGCUUACUUUUAUCCACCAUGUAAUCCUACUUAUCAAGCCAGUCAAGAGGAAAAACCUCCUUUGUUGUUGAAGAGCCAUGGAGGACCAACAGCUGAAACGCGUGGUGUUUUAAAUCUUAACAUUCAGUACUGGACCAGUCGAGGUUGGGCAUUUGCAGAUGUUAAUUAUGGUGGAAGCACUGGUUAUGGCAGAGAGUAUCGAGAAAGACUUUUGGGUCGCUGGGGAAUAGUUGAUGUUGAUGACUGUUGCAGCUGUGCUAAGUAUUUGGUGGACAGUGGAAAAGUAGAUGGGGAACGGCUGUGUAUUACUGGGGGCUCUGCUGGUGGGUAUACCACCUUAGCUGCUCUUGCUUUUAAGGAAACAUUUAAAGCUGGGGCUUCUUUGUAUGGUGUGGCCGAUCUGAAAAUGUUGAGUGCAGAGACUCAUAAAUUUGAAUCCCAUUACAUCGAUAAUCUUGUUGGAGGUGAGAAGCAAUUCUUUGAGAGAUCCCCAAUCAACCAUGUGGAAAAAUUUUCUUGUCCCAUAAUUUUAUUUCAAGGAUUGGAGGACAAGGUUGUGCCCCCAGAGCAAGCUCGGAAAAUAUACCAGGCCUUGAAGGAAAAGGGUGUCCCAGUGGCCCUUGUUGAGUAUGAAGGAGAACAGCAUGGUUUCCGAAAGGCUGAAAAUAUAAAGUUUACGCUUGAACAACAAAUGGUGUUCUUCGCACGAUUGAUCGGGCACUUCAACGUUGCCGAUGAUAUCACACCCAUUAAAAUUGAUAACGUUGACUGAAAAUGGGUCCUCAAAAGGUAUCUGAUUGACUGGGAGGUAUCAUGCUUUGCUGAAGGUAGCAUCCACCAGUGUUCGUUGCUAUGAGGAUGAACGAAUGUUUUUUUCCCGUAAUGGUUGGAGUAAAAAUUGUCAAUCAUAGAUGGAAUUAGUGUAACACUUAUGAUAUACCGUAUUCUUCUAAAGCUUUGACGUGGACAACGCCUACAGAUGAAUCAAUUUUGUAUUUACGAAGUUUAUGUCAAGAAAGAACUCGUAUUUACAAAAUUACAAAAAGUAAAGUUGCAUUUA